ACGUCAUCCUCUCCUUCCGGGUUCCGCCCCUCAAUCGAGAGAUUAUUCAGACGACGAGCGGGCGAUUCGGUGGAUAGAUAAGUUGUAGAAAGAUCAAUCAAGAAGGAAACGCAGCUUAAAUUAAUCAUCCUCACACUAAUGGCCUUAUCUUUAGGACUCAACUGCUUACGAUCCUCUCCAAUUGUUUGCUAUGCUACUUCCAAUCACUUCCACUCCAGUGACGCCGCCUUUAUCAGACGCGCUGCCGAAUUAGCCGACAAGUCCGCCGGCUUCACUUCCCCCCACCCGAAUUUCGGCUGUGUCAUAGCCACUCCAGCCGGUAAUGUCGCAGGGGAGGGCUAUUUAUACGCGCAGGGUACUAAGCCCGCUGAGGUUCAAGCGGUCGAGGCUGCUUCCGAGUUGAGCAAAGGAGCUACUGCUUAUCUGAAUAUGGAGCCUGGGGAUUGCCAUGGAGACCACACUGCUGUCUCUGCUCUUGUUGAGGCAGGGAUUACAAGAGUUGUGGUUGGAAUUAGGCAUCCAUUGAAGCAUCUUCAAGGAAAUGCUGUGCGUGCGCUGAGAAGUCAAGGUUUGCAGGUUGAUGUUCUUGGAGAAGAUCUCCAGAGUAAGAUCAUCGAGGAUGCUCGAAAAUCAUGCCUCCUUGUCAAUGCUCCUUUGAUUCAUAGAGCCAAUUCUAGAGUUCCAUUCUCCAUCCUCAAGUAUGCUAUGACUCUUGAUGGAAAAAUCGCUGCCAGUAGUGGACAUGCAGCAUGGAUAAGCAGCAGGAAGUCAAGGAAUCGAGUUUUUGAACUGCGAGGCAGAAGUGAUGCCAUUAUUGUUGGAGGAAAUACUGUACGCAGGGAUAAUCCUCGAUUGACUGCUAGACAUGGUGGUGGGCACAUGCCUAUGAGAAUUGUAAUGUCGCAGACACUUGAUCUUCCUGAGGAAGCAAAUCUUUGGGAUAUUUGUGAUGUUUCUACCAUUGUUGUGACACAAAGAGGUGCCAAGAGGAGUUUCCAGAAACUACUUGCAUCCAAAGGAGUUGAAGUGAUGGAGUUUGAUGUCUUAAAUCCUAGAGAAGUUAUGGAAUAUUUCCAUGAUCGUGGAUAUCUGUCCAUCUUGUGGGAGUGUGGAGGGACACUUGCUGCCUCUGCUAUUUCAGCUGGUGUUAUACACAAGGUUUUUGCAUUUGUUGCCCCAAAGAUUAUUGGUGGAAAGAGUGCACCUACUCCUGUGGGUGAACUAGGGAUGGUUGAAAUGUCACAAGCAUUGGAUUUAAUUGAUGUUUGCUUUGAAAAGGUUGGACCAGAUAUGCUAAUCAGUGGAUUUCUUCAGCCUAUCCCUGAACUGACUCCAAUUAUCCCAUCAGAGGAUGAGACUUUUGCAAUUGAUCCUACUGUCAGUCCUUAUGAAUCAAGCAUCAUAUUCUUCUAUAAGACUUGGGAUCCUUAUGGUGCUUUUUCAAAUUUUUCUCCUCAUCCUAUUCAAAUGUUUGAUAGCAAUGGUGAUUAUGCCACAUGGUCAAGUGUUGAGCAUUAUUACCAGGCACACAAGUUUGUGGGGGUGAAUGAUCCUGCAGCAAAAGAUUGCAUUGAGAAGAUAAAGUCAGCAAAAAGUCCUGAGGAAGCAGCGCGAAUGGGGAGGUCAAUGCAGAGGCAGUGCCCACAUUUGGUGAGAUCUGACUGGGAUAAUAUCAAGAUUGAUGUCAUGUACAAGGCAUUGAAAUGCAAGUUCUCUAUUUAUCCUCAUUUGAACUCUAUGCUGCUCUCAACUGCUGGAUCUGUUCUUGUUGAAGCUUCCCCACAUGAUCUUUUCUGGGGUGGAGGCCGCGAAGGUGAGGGAUUAAAUUAUCUAGGCAGGCUGCUAAUGCAGUUGAGAUCAGAGUUUCUUGGUGAGUCCUCUGCAUCAAGUGUUUGGUUCAGAAUAAAUUUUGUAUAGUACAGCAGUUUGAUCUUAAUUUAGCUUAAUAGGAGCAUAGGACUUUGAUUUAACAAAAGAGGGAUUUUGUUAGUAUCAAUGGGAUGGUGAAAGGUCUGGCUGCUGGUUAGAUCCGGUUCUGGUUCAUUGGUUCAAGGAGAUUGGGGUAGAACCGCAGGUUUCUCAAUCUUGGUUUAGGUCUUGUCUGCUUUUGAUUAAAUCUAACAGUUGUUUUUUUAAAAAAAAAAAAAUCUUUCUUUA